CGAAGUGAGGGUGGGGUUGGGGGGGAGCCGACGGCAGCGAGAACGCGGCUGCGGGAGCGCGGCCAGGGAGGAGCGGAGCGAGCCCAGCGGCAGCAUCAGCCCCGGUGCGGCGGAGCGGUGGGAUGCGGCGGAGCGCGGCGGUGUGCUGGGCCCUGAUGCUGUUGGCCGCCGCUCUCUGCGACCCAGUAGCCGGUAAGGGCGGGCGCGGUGGAGCCCGCGGAGCCGCCCGCGGCCGGGCCCGGGCGACAACCCGUGGCCGAAUGAAGGCGAUGGUGCCCCGCUACGGCUCGUCCGGGUCAGCCCUGCGGGUGGCCGGAGCAGCGGCCGCAGGGGCGGCAGCUGGUAUCGCGGCAGGGGCUACCCUGCGCCGGGCCCGGCUUGCCGGCGAGCUGGAAACAAGCGACGGUCCAGAGUACCGAGAUGGCAACUGGACGACCACCGCACCCGCAAGCCAAGCCCCGCCAGCAUGGGCCGUGGCUUGGCUCUGUCCCUUCGCUGCUGUUCUCCUCUGCCGCUGACGAUUUCAGGGCACCAGACUGUGCCUGAAGGAACUACCACUGCCGUGAGGGCCGGCUGCCCCCACCGUGGGGCUGAGCGUACCCACCUGGGACUACAGCAACUCCCAAGGCAGCAAUCCCUCCAGCACCUGACCUCUCCCGGUUACCGGCCACCAGCGGGGCAGGACCCCAUGGGAAGCCCCUCCACCACCUACCCCAUGCCCUGCCUGUUCAGGCACCCAGUUUGUCCCACUCCUCUGUACCUGGGUCCAGCACCGUGUGGAAGACAAGGAGACAGGAAUAAAACAGGGUGGAAAGCA